UCUUUCGCGCGCGGUGUUGUGCUCCUUUUACAGUAAAACAUGUCCAGGGCAAUUACCUUCGUGACCGGCAAUGUCAAGAAAUUGGAAGAAGUAGUACAUAUACUGGGUCCCUCGUUUUCACAGAAGUUUGUCACCUGUGACAUAGAUUUACCAGAAUAUCAAGGAGAACCAGAUGAUGUCACCAUCGCUAAAUGCAAGACGGCAGUGGAACAUGUCAAGGGGCCUGUCAUGAUCGAGGACACUUGCUUGUGUUUUAAUGCACUGGGUGGUCUACCUGGUCCAUACAUCAAGUGGUUCUUGAAGAAAUUGGGUCCUGCAGGUCUAUUCAAGCUUCUUAAUGGCUUUGAAGACAAAACAGCAUAUGCAUUAUGUACAUUUGCCUAUUCAACAGGAAACCCCAAUGAAAAAGUAAUGUUAUUUCAAGGUAAAACUGAGGGUAGGAUAGUAGAGCCACGUGGACCAAAUGACUUUGGCUGGGACCCUUGCUUCCAACCUGAUGGUUUUGAACAGACAUAUGCAGAGAUGAGCAAAGAUCAGAAGAAUUCUAUAUCACACAGAGGGAAGGCCCUUAGGUCUUUGAAAGACUAUUUUGCAGGUCAAACCAAUUCUACUUGAUGAUAAUGUAGCUAACAGGGGCAGAUCCAGAGAUAUUUUCUGGCAGUCUUUUAAAUUAUCUUUGUUGAUCCACCCUCCAUUUUUAACCGUCUUCUGACAGAAAAAAUUAGAUGCCCAUCAAUGUAAACUUGAAAAAUUCUGACCGUUUUCCAGAAGAAGACCUCUGUCCUCCCCUGAUUCAGAAUGUUAUACUUCAAAAUUUCAGGUGGUGAAUUAUAUAUGCAUAACUAGAUGUUGAUGAAUCAUGAAACAUUUCCUCUGAGCUUAAAGCUACUAGUGCUGAUUUGUCUUUACCCAGUAUUUGCUCUCCGUUACUGUUUCAGGAUUCACCUGUGUUGAAAAGCCUUAAGUCUGAACUCAGGUUUUACUAUAGCUUUAUUUUAAAAUGCUGGUCCACUUAAAGAAAUAAAAGAAAUAAUAAAUUCUUGUGCAAUAAAAUGCAAAUGAAUAGAGAUAGAAAUUGCCUAAAUGUAGAGAUACAACUUACAUAACUGUUGAGUCCAACAGCUACAAUGUAGGUGAAAAAAUUUUGUACAACACAUUAAGUCUGUAGUUGGCACACUUGAAAAUAAGAGUGGGUAUAUGACAACAUCACACCCGAGUACUCAAAAAUGUGCCAUUAGUGGGUAUAGUUAUGAGUAAUACCAUUAAUAUUUAUGACCUGCCAAAAAAUUAUAAAUUUAUUUAAGAACACUCACCUCUCAGUAACUAUUCAAGUAGUACAGAAAUUAAGCUUAGUAGACUAAAACUCUGUGCAAAAUGUGGACGAAUGAAUGGCAAAAUAGAAUAAAGCUUUUUUCUUAUGAAAUUAUUAUUGUUGGUGUUGUUUACAAACAAAGAAGAAUACAAAUGAAAUCCAUAAUAUAUGCUUCUAGGACAAUCCUCCCCCCCCCCCCCCAUCUCAAGAAAGAAUAUACACUGCUUUUGAAUGAUCAUUUUCAGGCAUUUAUACAUUUCUUGAAUAUAGGAGACAAAAUAUAAUAAAAAACAAAGGUAUUGGCUAUUAAUUACAAGAUUCAGGAAGCUCACACAUCAAUGAACCUGAGAGAUAACCUUAACUACGUGCAAACUUUUAAAAAGUGCAAUUACAUGGUAUUUUUUAUUAAAAAAACAAUUCCAUUUUACCAUUAUUUUCUAAAAGCAAUUAUCAUUUUAUCCACAUUUCAUUUGAUGUUAGGAAGUUUUCUGAAUGGGUCAAGUAAAUUAUAAAAAUGAAACUAGAAAAAAAUAAAAUAACUGAAGGUUGGUUAUUUAUGGUCAUUUGGUAGUGGAAGAACAAUUAAAACUGACAGUAAAUUCAUCGGUGGAAUACCUGGGAGAAUGAGAUCAUGUUUACCUCACGUUUACCUGGUGAUGCACCUUGAUUAUAGGCAGUCAAUGUGAUGAGGUGGUGUUGGGGGGGGGUUCAAGAUGACUAAAAGUGACAAUAAGUUCACCAAGGGAUACCUGGAUAAGUGAGAUACCUGGAGAUACAAAUUUAUUAAAGGCAGGCAUUUAUAAUUUUUGUCAAUAUCACAUUCUUCAUUCUUAUAAUUAUAUUCAUUACUGGAUGGAAUUGUCCUGAUACCCUAUAAUGCAAAUAAGUAAAUGAAGAACUUCAAUUAAAUAACAUUUAUUUUUCACAUAGCUUCUGCAAAUAUUAAAUCAAAAAUGCCAUUUACAUUUGCCUCUCAUAUUACAUUUUAAGUAGCACUUUGACAUAUUUGUCAUAAAAUGAGAUUUUAAAAAAAUUCACUGAGAAACACAUCCCUCUAUUCACUGUGUUUCUUAGGGCGUAUUCCCAUAGAUUUUAGAUCGAUCUAUCCCCGUGGGGAGUCUCACUAGAUUACUGUCAGAUAAUCUG